CGACAGAGAGACACGGAGAGUCUCUCAGCUGAGGACAUCACUUUUUGCCUCGCUCAUCCGGAUGGGAUGGAAAAGAGUUUUUUAUCUGUCUACUUGCUUGUUCCUUUCCAGGAACCUGAAACUGAGAUAAACCAAGCAAACAUGACAGCAACCUGCAGAACAAAGGGAGGUUACCCUAAACCUGAAAUCGAAUGGAGCUCUGGAGAUGGACGAACUAUACUUGAAGUACAGACCAAAAUGACCUCUGAAGAAGAUGGCACUUACAGCGUCAGCAGCACUGCUGACAUCACAGGGUUACAGAAAGUGACCUGUAGAGUUUACAACCCAACUUUAAACCAGACUCUGAGUGCAAGUAAAGACAUGACAUCCUCCAUAACUCCAUUUACAGGUGGAAUUAUUGUCAUCAUCAUCAUCAUCAUCAUCAUCAUCAUCUUGUGACUGUUCCGGGCUGUGUUCUGAUCUAUUAUAAGAUAAAAAGGUCUGGAGGGGAAGGCGGCAGAGAACACGAGCUCCGAGAGCUUCAACAGAAUGAAAGUGAUCCUGUCUGACUCAACUUUGUUGCCCUUAGCUUAGGAACUAAGGAAUUUUGGUGCUUUUUUUCAACAUCCCAAUCCACUAUGAUCCACUAAAUGUUGGUUUCUACUUUUUACCAUCCUGUUUUGUUUCAUCAACAAGGUUUACUCUACAUAGUUCUCAAAUACUGAUCAGCAAGGUUCCAUGUAGUCAUUUAGUUAUAUUUCUUACACUACAGAAAUGAAAAAUGUGGAUUUUGUAGAAAUGCUCCUACAAUUAAUGACAAAUGAUGAUGCAAAAACCCUUGAGAAUUGCUGUACAUGUUGUUCCCAGAUGGAAUUCCAAUUGCAUAAAUUAUGUAUUAUAGUGAGUAAUCUAGUUUAAGUAAUUCAUCAGGAAUGUACAUUUACACAUAUUUGAUUGGUCAGUGCAGUGUGACAUGAGGUGCCACCCUCUGUGUGGGAUGGCAGGAUGUAAUUGUAAUAUUUAUGAGAUACUCUUUUGCUUGUCUCUGCCACAAGAUUUAGAAUUUCUAGGGUUUAAUGUCUCUCUAUGUCCUAUUGCCCCCCCCCCCCCCCCCACACACACACGCACAUAUUAUAAAGACAGAUUUCAAACAUUUUGCUGAA